AUGGCUGUUGAAGAGAUGAAGAAGAAGAUUAAAGGAAGCCACGAGAAGGCAGAGACGGAGAACAUGGAGGCUCCAUCGCCAAGAUGCGUGCUUGAAAUUCCGGUGAGGGGUUCAUAUUCCGAUAACAGCAGCACAACCAGCAGCAGCAGCAGCUCGUGCUCGCCUGAUAAAUCACCGUCGCCGUUGUCGACGACGCCUCCGAACGUUUCGUCUUUCCACCACCACGGUCUCCAGUGGAACAAAAUGAUCGACACGAUCAAGAAGAAGUCCGUGAGGAGAUUCUCCGUCAUCCCUCUCCUCCAGAGCUACGAGCUCACCCGCAAAAACAUGCGGCGGAAACAGCCCAAGCUCUCCCCGUCGCUGGAGACCGAGAUCGACUGCGACCAGAUCCUCAUCGCGAAACCCUCGUGGCGGAAUUUCACGUACGACGAGCUCGUCGCCGCCACCGACAAUUUUAAUCCCGAGAAUAUAAUUGGGGAAGGAGGACAUGCGGAGGUGUACAAAGGGGUGUUACCGGACGGAGAGACGGUGGCGAUAAAGAAGCUGACGAGGCACGCCAAGGAGAAGGAAGAGAGAGUCAGCGACUUCUUGUCGGAGCUUGGGAUUAUCGCACACGUCAACCACCCAAACGCGGCUAGGCUUCGCGGUUUCAGCUGCGAUCGCGGUUUGCAUUUCGUGCUCGAGUACUCUCCUCACGGCAGUCUCGCUUCUCUACUCUUUGCAUCUGAGGGGGGUUUGGAUUGGAAGAAACGGUAUAAAGUGGCUUUGGGGAUAGCUGAUGGUUUGAGCUAUCUUCAUAAUGAUUGUCCUCGACGAAUCAUUCACCGUGACAUCAAAGCUUCCAACAUUUUGCUCACUCAAGAUUUCGAAGCUCAGAUAUCGGAUUUUGGACUUGCAAAGUGGCUCCCAGAGAACUGGGCUCAUCACAUUGUUUACCCCAUCGAAGGCACUUUCGGAUAUCUAGCGCCAGAGUACUUUAUGCACGGGAUUGUUGAUGAGAAGACGGAUGUGUUUGCGUUUGGGGUAUUACUCUUAGAGAUCAUAACUGGUCGUCGAGCUGUUGAUACAGCUAGUCGGGAAAGCAUUGUCAUGUGGGCGAAACCUCUUUUGGAGAAGAACAGCGUGAGAGAAAUAGUUGAUCCUCAGCUAGGAAAUGACUUUGACGAAACCGAGAUGAAACGUGUCAUGCAAACAGCUUCAAUGUGCAUACACCAUGUAGCCAUUACGCGUCCUGACAUGAACCGGUUGGCGCAGCUGUUGCGAGGAGAUGACCGGUUAUCUGAGCUGCAGCAGAAAACAGGCGGAGCAAGAAGUCUCGACGGCUGCGACUUACAAGAUCACACCUCUUCCUCUUACCUUAACGAUCUCACUCGCCAUAGGCAACUCUUAAUGGAGUGA